GAUCCGCUAAAUCCCAUGGCUACCAAAUCAGCGGCCCAAGACCUCUCCUCCUCCGACACCCCAUCCAAACCCCCACCCACUCCUCUUCCGAUCCCCGCCAAUCCCGAGACUCCGACCACCGCCGCUCCCCGCCAUCCUCAACCGCGUCCCACCUCCGACGCCGACGUCAUCCACGUCCCCAGCUAUUCCAGCUGGUUCUCGCCGGACCACAUCCACCACUGCGAGGUCCGAUUCCUCCCCGAGUUCUUCGAUUCUCGAUCCCCUUCGAAAAACCCUACCCUCUACAAGUACUACCGCAACACCAUCGUCGCCCAAUCCAGGGCCGUCAACCCUUCUCGGAAGCUCACCUUCACGGAGGCCCGCAAGUCUCUCGUCGGCGACGUCGGCUCCGUUCGGAGGGUUUUCGAUUUCCUCGAGGCGUGGGGUUUGAUCAAUUACACUCCUUCCGCGCUCAACAAGCCCCUCAAGUGGGAGGACAAGGACAGCAGCAAGGCCGCCGGUGUUUCCUCUAACGGAGGCGCUGAAUCCCCCGCCGUCGGUGCCAAGGAGAACCCCAAGAAGAGGACCUGCAAUGGCUGCAAGUCUGUUUGCAGCAUUGCCUGUUUUGUUUCCGAAAAGAAUGACAUGACUCUAUGUGCAAGGUGCUAUGUUCGCGGAAACUAUCAGAUCGGCAUAAGUUCUUCCGAUUUCAGGCGGGUUGAGAUCAAUGAAGAGAUGGGGAGUGGCUGGGCUGAUAAAGAUACUCUGCAUCUUCUAGAGGCCCUUAUGCAUUAUGGCGACGACUGGAGGAAGGUUGCGCAACAUGUUGGUAGAAGCGAGAAGGAAUGUGUUGCUCAUUUCCUCAAGAUUCCUUUCGGUGAGGAAUUUUCUGACAAUGCAGGUGAUGCUGAAUGUGCGUUGGAGGGUGAUGGUGAUGGUACAACACCGUCUCUAAGUAAAAGAAUGCGUCUCACGCCUCUUGCGGAUGCAAGCAACCCAAUUAUGGCUCAGGCGGCCUUUCUGUCAGCUCUGGCGGGCGUGCAGGUUGCAGAGGCUGCUGCUUCUGCUGCUGUAACAGCGCUGUGUGAGGCGGAUUAUGAAACAAGCAAAAUGAGUGUUACAUCUCUGGCUUCGAAUGCAAGACAGCAUGAAACUGAUGCUGAAUUAAACGGAGACGAUAAAACUGACCCGGAUGCACUGGGGGCAGCUUUUGUAGAUGCAAAUUCACAGCUUGAGAAGGAAGGGCUGGAUGUGGGACGAGCAAUCUCCGGGAUUACAGAGGUACAGAUGAGAGAAAUCCGAAAGAAGAUCAUCCGUUUCGAGGCGUUAGAUUUGCAGAUGGAGAAAGAGUGGGAACAACUGGAGCAAAUGAAAAGCAUGCUCUUUGUCGAUCAGAUGACACUUUUGUUAAACAAAAGUUCUGCACCAAAAACUGCGGCGGAGGAGAAGAGUGUAAAAGCGGAUUGAUUUUCAUCAUUCGUGUAUGUUUCGUUGCCUCAAUGCAAGUACGGCACCUUUGUUAACAUGAAUUCAUAACAAGAAAUGUUUAGUGCAGCAUCGUGUUCUA